GGCCGCGGCGGCGGGAGGCGGCGGGAGGCGGGCGGAGGAGGAGGCGGAGGAGGCGGGAGCUGAGCUGAGUGGGGCGGGCGGCGGCGGGGCACCAGCCGGAGAAGAUGGCGGUGCGGAAGAAGGACGGCGGCCCCAACGUGAAGUACUACGAGGCCGCGGACACCGUGACCCAGUUCGACAACGUGCGGCUGUGGCUCGGCAAGAACUACAAGAAGUAUAUACAAGCUGAACCACCCACCAACAAGUCCCUGUCUAGCCUGGUUGUACAGUUGCUACAAUUUCAGGAAGAAGUUUUUGGCAAACAUGUCAGCAAUGCACCGCUCACUAAACUGCCGAUCAAAUGUUUCCUAGAUUUCAAAGCGGGAGGCUCCUUGUGCCACAUUCUUGCAGCUGCCUACAAAUUCAAGAGUGACCAGGGAUGGCGGCGUUACGAUUUCCAGAAUCCAUCACGCAUGGACCGCAAUGUGGAAAUGUUUAUGACCAUUGAGAAGUCCUUGGUGCAGAAUAAUUGCCUGUCUCGACCUAACAUUUUUCUGUGCCCAGAAAUUGAGCCCAAACUACUAGGGAAAUUAAAGGACAUUAUCAAGAGACACCAGGGAACAGUCACUGAGGAUAAGAACAAUGCCUCCCAUGUUGUGUAUCCUGUCCCGGGGAAUCUAGAAGAAGAGGAAUGGGUACGACCAGUCAUGAAGAGGGAUAAGCAGGUUCUUCUGCACUGGGGCUACUAUCCUGACAGUUAUGACACAUGGAUCCCAGCGAGUGAAAUUGAAGCAUCUGUGGAAGAUGCUCCAACUCCUGAGAAACCUAGGAAGGUUCAUGCAAAGUGGAUCCUGGACACCGACACCUUCAAUGAAUGGAUGAAUGAGGAAGACUACGAAGUAAAUGAUGACAAAAACCCUGUCUCCCGCCGAAAGAAGAUUUCAGCCAAGACACUGACAGAUGAGGUGAACAGCCCAGAUUCAGAUCGACGGGACAAGAAGGGGGGAAACUAUAAGAAGAGGAAGCGCUCCCCCUCUCCUUCACCAACCCCAGAAGCGAAGAAGAAAAAUGCUAAGAAAGGUCCCUCAACACCUUACACUAAGUCAAAGCGUGGCCACAGAGAAGAGGAGCAAGAAGACCUGACAAAGGACAUGGACGAGCCCUCACCAGUCCCCAAUGUAGAAGAGGUGACACUUCCCAAAACAGUCAACACAAAGAAAGACUCAGAGUCGGCCCCAGUCAAAGGCGGCACCAUGACUGACCUGGAUGAACAGGAAGAUGAAAGCAUGGAGACGACGGGCAAGGAUGAGGAUGAGAACAGUACGGGGAACAAGGGAGAGCAGACCAAGAAUCCAGACCUGCAUGAGGACAAUGUGACUGAACAGACCCACCACAUCAUCAUUCCCAGCUACGCUGCCUGGUUUGACUACAAUAGCGUUCAUGCCAUUGAGCGGAGGGCUCUCCCCGAGUUCUUCAACGGCAAGAACAAGUCCAAGACUCCAGAGAUCUACCUGGCCUAUCGAAACUUUAUGAUUGACACUUACCGACUGAACCCCCAAGAGUAUCUUACCUCUACCGCCUGCCGCCGAAACCUAGCGGGUGAUGUCUGUGCCAUCAUGAGGGUCCAUGCCUUCCUAGAACAGUGGGGUCUUAUUAACUACCAGGUGGAUGCUGAGAGUCGACCAACCCCAAUGGGGCCUCCGCCUACCUCUCACUUCCAUGUCUUGGCUGACACACCAUCAGGGCUGGUGCCUCUGCAGCCCAAGACACCUCAGGGCCGCCAGGUUGAUGCUGAUACCAAGGCUGGGCGAAAGGGCAAAGAGCUGGAUGACCUGGUGCCAGAGACGGCUAAGGGCAAGCCAGAGCUGCAGACCUCUGCUUCCCAACAAAUGCUCAACUUUCCUGACAAAGGCAAAGAGAAACCAACAGACAUGCAAAACUUUGGGCUGCGCACAGACAUGUACACAAAAAAGAAUGUUCCCUCCAAGAGCAAGGCUGCAGCCAGUGCCACUCGUGAGUGGACAGAACAGGAAACCCUGCUUCUCCUGGAGGCACUGGAAAUGUACAAAGAUGACUGGAACAAAGUGUCCGAGCAUGUGGGAAGCCGCACACAGGACGAGUGCAUCUUGCAUUUUCUUCGUCUUCCCAUUGAAGACCCAUACCUGGAGGACUCAGAGGCCUCCCUAGGCCCCCUGGCCUACCAACCCAUCCCCUUCAGUCAGUCGGGCAACCCUGUUAUGAGCACUGUUGCCUUCCUGGCCUCUGUCGUCGAUCCCCGAGUCGCCUCUGCUGCUGCAAAGUCAGCCCUAGAGGAGUUCUCCAAAAUGAAGGAAGAGGUACCCACGGCCUUGGUGGAGGCCCAUGUUCGAAAAGUGGAAGAAGCAGCCAAAGUAACAGGCAAGGCGGACCCUGCCUUCGGUCUGGAAAGCAGUGGCAUUGCAGGAACCACCUCUGAUGAGCCUGAGCGGAUUGAGGAGAGCGGGAAUGACGAGGCUCGGGUGGAAGGCCAGGCCACAGAUGAGAAGAAGGAGCCCAAGGAACCCCGAGAAGGAGGGGGUGCUAUAGAGGAGGAAGCAAAAGAGAAAACCAGCGAGGCUCCCAAGAAGGAUGAGGAGAAAGGGAAAGAAGGCGACAGUGAGAAGGAGUCCGAGAAGAGUGAUGGAGACCCAAUAGUCGAUCCUGAGAAGGAGAAGGAGCCAAAGGAAGGGCAGGAGGAAGUGCUGAAGGAAGUGGUGGAGUCUGAGGGGGAAAGGAAGACAAAGGUGGAGCGGGACAUUGGCGAGGGCAACCUCUCCACCGCUGCUGCUGCCGCCCUGGCCGCCGCCGCAGUGAAAGCCAAGCACUUGGCUGCUGUUGAGGAAAGGAAGAUCAAAUCUUUGGUGGCCUUGCUGGUGGAGACCCAGAUGAAAAAGUUGGAGAUCAAACUUCGGCACUUUGAGGAGCUGGAGACUAUCAUGGACCGGGAGCGAGAAGCACUGGAGUAUCAGAGGCAGCAGCUCCUGGCCGACAGACAAGCCUUCCACAUGGAGCAGCUGAAGUAUGCGGAGAUGAGGGCUCGGCAGCAGCACUUCCAACAGAUGCACCAACAGCAGCAGCAGCCACCACCAGCCCUGCCCCCAGGCUCCCAGCCUAUCCCCCCGACAGGGGCUGCUGGGCCACCCGCAGUCCAUGGCUUGGCUGUGGCUUCAGCCUCUGUAGUCCCUGCUCCUGCUGGCAGUGGGGCCCCUCCAGGAAGCUUGGGCCCUUCUGAACAGAUUGGGCAGGCAGGGUCAACUGCAGGGCCACAGCAGCAGCAACCAGCUGGAGCGCCCCAGCCUGGGGCAGUCCCACCAGGGAUUCCCCCCCCUGGACCCCAUGGCCCCUCACCGUUCCCCAACCAACAAACUCCUCCCUCAAUGAUGCCAGGGGCAGUGCCAGGCAGCGGGCACCCAGGCGUGGCGGGUAAUGCUCCUUUGGGUUUGCCUUUUGGCAUGCCGCCUCCUCCUCCUCCUCCUGCUCCAUCCAUCAUCCCAUUUGGUAGUCUAGCUGACUCCAUCAGUAUUAACCUCCCCGCUCCUCCUAACCUGCAUGGGCAUCACCACCAUCUCCCGUUCGCCCCGGGCACUCUCCCCCCACCUAACCUGCCUGUGUCCAUGGCGAACCCUCUACAUCCUAACCUGCCGGCGACCACCACCAUGCCAUCUUCCUUGCCUCUCGGGCCGGGGCUCGGAUCCGCCGCAGCCCAAAGCCCUGCCAUUGUGGCAGCUGUUCAGGGCAACCUCCUGCCCAGUGCCAGCCCACUGCCAGGUGAGAAGGGGCCAAGAGGGGAGAAGGGUGAGGGAGAGGGGUCCACCUGGAGGGAGGGUGAGCGGGCAGGUGGGGAAGAGGUCAGGUAUUAGAGUUUCCACAAUCCUUUUUGAACACUCUGGUAAAAUUAGAAUACAGGAGGAAGGGCCUCUCUGGCCAUCCUCCACCAUUCCCCAGCCUGGCAGCUGCCAUCUUUGGGAUGAUGUUGGGGCCUUUCACUGGUGGGUCAUGGAGCAAUCCUGUGGCAGAGAGCAUCUCAGUUGUAAAUUUGAAAAGCAGCUGUUUGCAUGAUGAUUGAGUGGCAUCCCUUUGCUUAUUCCUAUCGCGUUCAAAUGCCCCAUAUAGGGAGUCUUUCUAUAUGUUUUUCUGAGUAUGAGGUAGAAAAGAGUGUUGGGAACAGAAGUUGAACAUUAUGGGUACCUCAUUCAUCCACCCAGCCACUGCAUGCCAUGCCCGGUUCUGUCUGUCUGUGGUGGUCUGGGUCUGGAGCCAUCUCUCCGGCGUACUCUAACUGAUUUAUCUUCCUUUUCUCCACAGACCCAGGCACCCCCCUGCCUCCAGACCCCACAGCCCCGAGCCCAGGCACGGUCACCCCUGUGCCACCUCCACAGUGAGGAGCCAGCCAGACAUCUCUCCCCCUCACCCCCUGUGGAGAUCACGGUUCCAGGAACAGCCCUUCCCCCACCACUGGGACCCUCCCCAGCCUGGAGAGUUCAUCACUACGUAAGGAAAGCUCCUUCCGCCCCUCCAAAGCCCUCACCGUGCCUAACAGAGGCAUGCAUUUUUAUAUCAGAUUAUUCAAGGACUUCUGUUUAAAAGAUGUUUCUAAUGUCUGGGAGAGAGGAUAGGAUGGGAAUGCUGCCCUAAAGGAAGGGCUGGUGAAAGGUGUUUAUACAAGGUUCUAUUAACCACUUCUAAGGGUACACCUCCCUCCAAACUACUGCAUUUUCUAUGGAUUAAAAAAAAAAAAAAGUAGAUUUUAAAAAGCCACAUUGGAGCUCCCUUCUACCCACUAAAAAAUAACCAAUUUUUACAUUUUUUGAGGGGGAGUGAGUUUUAGGAAAGGGGAAUUAAGAUUCCAGGGAGAGCUCUGGGGAUAGAACAGGGUGCAGAUUCCAUCUCUCCCCAAGCCCCUUUUUAGUGACUAAGUCAAGGCCCCAACUCCCCUCCCCCACCCUACGCCGAGCUUAUUCGAGUUCAUUCAUACUAAUAAUCCCUCCUGCGGCUUCCUCGUUGUUGCUGUUUUAGGCCACCCCCGCUCAGCCAAUGAUUCCUUUCCCUCUGAAUGUCAGUUUUGUUUUUAAAAGUCACUUGCUUAGUUGA